AUGAGACCAAUUUCAUCUGCUCUAAAAUUAAAAACUAAUGAUAGUUAAGAAAAACGAUUAAGAAGUGCAGUAUAAUUUAAAUUAUUAGAUUCCUAAAAGUAUUUCUGAAUGUAUAUUCUUUAAUAGAUUAAAGAAUGUACUCAUAAAAUAAUCACAAACAUCACAAUAGUCUUUAUCUCAAUAAUCAAGAUUAUAAAGCGGAACAACUUAUAAUACAACUCAACGUACAGGUAAUUCUACACAUAGAAUGAAUGAAACAGAAUAUGAUUCAGGUUCCAACUCAGCAUUUAGAGGUUAAAUUAAGAUGAGAUCAACUUUUCAUUCAAGCAGAAAUAAUCUUAUUAGAAGAGUCGAUUCAUAAUUCAGUCUAGAUAACAAAUAAGAUUCAUCCCCUUAAGAAACUAAUAGAACUCGUAUUCCAGUCCCAAAAAAUAGGCUCUUUCAAUAAACCAAUAAAUCUUAAUAAAAAUAAUUAGUUGUAACUUAAGAUAAUAUUGAUUCUAAUGAAGUGAAAAAAAGAAUGAAAUUUGAUCCUUAAGUUAAAUAACAAGUCAUCUAUUUUAAAAUAUUGAAUAUAUCUAAUAUCGGAUUAAAAAAUUACUUACUUUAUCUUUAUAAACAAUAAAAGCAUUUGAUUGAGUUAGUCAAAUCUAAAGCUGAAAGUUAGGUAAUAAAAUAGCAUUUAAAUUAGCUUAUUGAUUUUUCAUAAUAAAUUUUAACAUUCUCUAUAGGAACCUUAUCUUCAAUUGCAUUAAUUGAAACACUUAGUUUUGCUGCUUCUAUGUUAGAAUUAACAUCUUAAUUAGACUGGGCAAUAUUUUAUCAUAAUUAAACUCGAAUUAUGGCAAAUCAUGCUAAAUAAACUAUGGACAAAUAUAAAAUGAAAUCUUUAAUUGGACUUGGAAAUUGUUCAAUAAAAAUGCAACAAUAUGAGAUUGGUAUUAAAUUCUUUAAGAAAUGCCUAUAAUAUUCAUGGUUAAAUAAUGAUUUAGAGUAUGAAAAUGAGGUCUAUUCAAAACUUGGUGUUUGCUAUUAUUAUUUAGGAAAUAUUGACAAAGUAUAACUUUAAUAUAGUUAUUAUCAAGUCUAAAUUUUAUCAUGAAAGGGCUAUUACAUAUGAUUAUGAAUUAGAAACCUCUCCCUUGCGUUAGAUGAGUUCAGAUACACUUAAAGCAUUUUUAAGUAAAAAUUUCAAUAGAAAUUAUGCUGAAACUAUAAAUACUCCUCUCUUAAAUCGAUUAAAUCUUCCUCUACCUCAAGAUAUAUUAAAUAUCUCUUAAUAGGAAAUUCAAAAUGAAUCUCUUAUAAUAAUCAAUCCUCGCAUUUUCAAUGAAUCUAAAGCCUCUUCUACUAGGAGAAGUUCAAUUUUUGAAACUAAUCCUCAUAUCAAAUUAUUUUCGACCAUCUAAAUAGAUGGAUUAAGAAUUUAAUAAGAAAUUUUAUCAACUUAAGAAUUUGAAGUUGAAGUUUAUACUCCAAAACAUUCAUGUAAAAAUUUAUCAUAAAUAAUUUAAAAGUUAAAUCAGAAAGCAAAUGCUUUGAUUUUAUUAGAAAUAAAAAAAUACACCCUUAAGAUAUUUUUCAUGAUAUUAAAUAUAAAACUAAUCCAUUUAUUUUAACAGAUCUUGGUGUGAUUAAAAGUUAAAAUGAUGAAAAUCCUAUUGAGAAUCCACAAAUAUAUAAAUUGCCUUUAGACUAAUAAAUAGAUAUUAGAUUAAAAAAGAAGAUAUAUGUGGAUAUUUAAACAAAAUUGAAAAAAUUGAUGGAUUACAAAUAUCAUACAAAAACUCAAAUGAAGAACAAAAUUUUGGUAGUCAUUUAAUUUAAUGAAGGUUACACAUAAAAAUGUAGAAAAUGAAAAAAGACAUUAUGCUGCAGAUUAAAUGAAAGUUCUAGAGAAUGUUUAAAAAAACUUUGAAAAUUUAAUUGAAAAUUUGAUAAUUUUGUAAUGA